AUGCGUAUAGAACGAAACCAGCUACGAGGUACCAAAAGCCUGACAUUUCUUACCAGAGAUGACACAAAUAACAGACGCGACGUUCCUUUGAAGAACCCAAACUUCCUCGGAGAGACUAGAAUAAUAAAACGCACCACUGCAAGCUCAUCGAAAGCGAAAAGAUACCCAAAGGUUCCAUUGCACGGGAAUGCAUAUUACGAUGUCGGGAAAUUAAGAAGAUACUCCCCAUUCCAUUAUCCUGGGCAGUCAAGGGCCGAGUGGGUGGUUGCACGUCUGGACGAUAUUCUCAACUGGGGACGCAAGGGUUCUCUAUGGCCUCUGACCUUUGGCCUAGCCUGCUGCGCUUUGGAAAUGAUGCACUAUGCUGCUCCAAGAUACGACAUGGAUCGUUACGGAAUGGUUUUCCGCGGCACGCCUCGUCAAACCGAUGUGAUCAUCGUGGCGGGGACUGUCACCAACAAGAUGGCACCAGUUUUCAGGAAGACCUACGAUCUGAUGCCUGAGCCUAGAUGGGUGGUGUCAAUGGGCAGCUGCGCCAAUGGUGGUGGUUACUACCACUACACGUAUUCUACCGUGCGGGGAGCCGACAGAAUCGUACCGGUGGAUAUAUAUGUACCGGGAUGUCCACCCACCGCCGAAGCUUUGUUAUACGCCAUGCUUCUGCUAGCAAAGAAAGUGAAACGUAUGAGAGUUCUUCAGUGCUGGUGGAGACACUAG